AGGAGGACCUUCCUCUCCAGGCAGCAUCAUUAAAAGGCUGAAGGGAACCAGGAGCAGCCAGAACUGGACCGAGGAACCAGCAUCAUGAACGGAACCACCACUGAAACCAGGAACCGGACCGGGUCCGAUGAGCUCGUCUUCUUCAUCAACGGGAAGAAGGUGGUGGAACAGAACCCGGACCCUGAGAUGACUCUGCUGACCUUCCUGAGGAGGAAACUGGGCCUCACAGGAACCAAGCUGGGCUGCGCCGAGGGCGGCUGCGGCGCCUGCACCGUCAUGCUGUCCAGAUACCAGCCUCACAGCCAGCGGCUGCUUCAUUACUCCGUCAACGCCUGCCUGGCCCCCCUGUGCUCCCUACACCUGGUGGCAGUGACAACCGUGGAGGGCAUCGGUAGCGUGGCGAGGAAGCUACAUCCUGUCCAGGAACGAAUCGCUAAGGCUCAUGGGUCGCAGUGCGGCUUCUGCACGCCGGGGAUCGUCAUGUCCAUGUACGCCCUGCUGAGAAACAACCCAACGCCAAAGAUGGCCGACGUGGAGGAGGCCUUCCAAGGAAACCUGUGCCGCUGCACCGGAUACAGACCUAUUCUGGAGGGAUACAAGACCUUCACGGUGGAGGGCGGGUGUUGCAGAGGCAGAGGAAAAGAUGGCUGCUGUCUGACCAAUGAGAAGGCGGCUCUCCAAAGCUCAAAGGACGCCAAUGAGGAGGCUCCAUCUCUUUACAACGCGGCAGACUUUGAGCCCUACGACCCCACACAGGAAGUCAUCUUCCCCCCGGAGCUCCUGAAUUUGUCUAAAUCCAAAAGAUCGACGCGUUCUCUACGUUUCCAUGGAGACCGAACAACAUGGCUGCAGCCGGAGAGUCUGGAGGAGUUUCUGCUGCUGAAGUGGAAACAUCCAGAUGCCAGAGUGGUGGUGGGCAACACUGAAGUAGGUAUUGAGGUCAAGUUUAAGAACCUGGUGUAUCCAGUGAUUCUGGCUCCAGGCUUCAUCCCAGAGUUGAAUGCAGUGAAUCAAACUGAGGACGGCAUCGUGUUCGGAGCAGCGUGCACGCUCAGCCACAUGGGGGAGGUGCUGAAGGAGGCGGUGCGGAGUCUUCCUCCUCAUCAGACGGAGGUCUUCAAGGCAGUCCUGGAGCAGCUGCAGUGGUUUGCAGGACAGCAGAUUCGUAAUGUUGCUGCUGUUGGAGGAAACAUCAUGACCGCCAGUCCCAUAUCAGACCUCAACCCCGUUUUUAUGGCAGCAGGCUGCAAACUCACUCUGAUGGACAAAGACGGCAGUCGUGAGGUUCAGAUGGAUGACGGCUUUUUCACGGGCUACAGGAAGACGGCUGUAAGACCUCAGGAGAUCCUGCUCUCUGUGCACAUCCCCUACAGCAAGAAGUGCCAGUUUGUCUCAGCCUUCAAACAGUCCCCCCGCCGUGAGGAUGACAUCAGCAUCGUCACCGCUGCGAUGAGCGUCACCUUCUCUCCCGGGAGUGACAUCGUCAAAGACCUGAGGCUGAGCUUUGGCGGCAUGGCGCCAGUGACGGUGCUGGCCAAAAAGACGGCCAACAGACUGCUGGACAGACAGUGGGGGGAGGAGCUUCUUCAGGAUGCUUGCUGCUCAUUGGCUGAGGAGAUGCGCCUUGAUCCCUCUGCACCUGGUGGCAUGGCGGCAUACCGCCAAACCCUCACUCUAAGCCUUUUCUACAAGUUCUAUCUGACGGUUCUGCAGAAGCUCACAUUGCAGGGUGUCGGAGUGCAGGAGGUUAGCUCAGACUGUCUGAGUGCCACAGAGGUUUAUCACCCAGAAACACCGUCCAGCGUCCAGGUCUACCAGGCGGUGCCAGAGGGGCAGAGCCAGGAGGAUGUGGUAGGCCGUCCCAUAAUGCACCUGUCGGCCUUGAAGCAGGCCACAGGUGAGGCGAUUUACUGUGACGACAUACCUCUCUAUGAGAAUGAGCUCUAUCUGGCAAUGAUCACCAGCACCAAGGCACACGCCAGGAUACUCUCUGUGGACACAUCAGCAGCAAAGCGGUGUCCUGGAGUCGUCUCCUUUCUUUUUGCCAGCGAUAUUCCCGGCAGUAACAUCACCGGACUGGGGCAUGACGAGACGGUUUUUGCCGACAGCGAGGUAACCUGUGUGGGUCACAUCAUCGGUGCCGUGGUGGCCGACACCCAGGUUCACGCUCAAAGAGCUGCCAAAGCUGUGAAGAUCCAGUAUGAAGAGCUGAAGCCUGUGGUCACCAUCCAGGAAGCCAUCGCCACCCAGUCCUUCUAUGAGACCAUCAGAAGCCUACAGAGCGGAGACCUGGAAACGGGCUUUAAACAAGCAGACCACAUCCUAGAGGGGGAGAUACAUAUCGGAGGUCAGGAGCAUUUCUACCUGGAGACACACGUGACGCUAGCUGUUCCCCGAGGAGAAGAUGGAGAAAUGGAGCUCUUUGCUUCGACCCAAGCCCCUUCUGAUACUCAGUCCCAUGUUGCAAAGGCCCUGGGGGUUCCAGAAAACAGGGUGCUGGUGCGAGUUAAGCGGCUGGGCGGAGGGUUCGGAGGGAAAGAAAGCCGAAACAGCUUGUUGGCCACUGCUGUCGCCUUGGCAGCAAACAAGCUGAAGAGACCUGUUAGAUGUAUGCUGGACCGAGACGAGGAUAUGCUGAUCACUGGCGGUCGACACCCCUUCUACGGAAAAUACAAGGUUGGUUUCCUCCAGAGUGGUAAGGUGGUCGCUCUGGAUGUGGAUCUCUACAGCAAUGCUGGGAACUCUAUGGACCUGUCUCUGGCGGUUAUGGAGCGGGCUUUGUUUCACGUGGAAAAUUCCUACUGUAUACCAAACUUUCGCUGCCAAGGCUUCUUGUGCCGCACCAACCUGCCAUCCAACACAGCUUUUAGGGGCUUUGGAGGCCCGCAAGGCAUGAUGGUCGCUGAGAACUGGAUAACAGACGUGGCUCAUACUCUGGGCCGCUCAGCCGAUGAGGUACGCCGGUUGAACCUGUACAGGAAAGGUGACGUAACACCAUACAACCACGUCCUGGAUGCGCUCACCCUGGAUCGCUGCUGGGACGAGUGUCUUUCAAGGUCUGAAUACGAGAAGAAACGAGCCGCUGCCGAUCGCUUCAACAGAGAGAACCGCUGGACCAAGCGAGGACUCGCCAUGGUGCCCACCAAGUUUGGCAUCAGCUUUAUAGCCACCUUCCUAAAUCAGGCUGGUGCUUUAGUUCACAUCUACAAAGACGGCUCUGUGCUCUUGACUCAUGGAGGAACCGAGAUGGGCCAGGGACUCCACACCAAGAUGAUCCAGGUGGCCAGCAGGGUUCUGGGUAUUCCCUCUUCAAAGAUCUUCAUCUCAGAGACCAGCACCAACACGGUGCCCAACACCAGCCCCACGGCCGCCUCCUCAUCUUCAGACCUCAACGGGGCGGCCGUGCAGCUCGCCUGCGAGACUCUGCUGAAGCGCCUGAAGCGCUACAAGACCAAAGACCCUGAAGGAUCCUGGGAGGACUGGGUGGAGGCGGCGUACUUUGACCGAGUCAACCUCAGCGCCAACGGCUUCUACAGGACUCCGGACCUGAACUACGACUUCGACACCAACACCGGCAGAGUCUUCAACUACUUCAGCUACGGCGUGGCGUGCUCAGAGGUGGAGAUCGACUGUCUGACUGGAUCGCACAAGAACCUGAGCACCACCAUAGUGAUGGACGUGGGUCACAGCCUGAACCCGGCCAUCGACAUCGGACAGGUGGAGGGGGGCUUCAUGCAGGGUCUGGGGCUCUUCACUCUGGAGGAGCUGCACUACUCCCCAAGCGGGGUCCUGCUGACCCGGGGUCCUGGCUCCUAUAAGAUCCCAGGCUUUGGGGACAUUCCCUCGCAUCUCACCGUCUCGCUGCUCCGUGACUCCCCCAACGACAAGGCCAUCUUCUCCUCCAAGGCGGUGGGGGAGCCUCCUCUCUUCCUGGCCUCCUCUGUGUUCUACGCCAUCAAAGACGCCAUCAGAGCCGCCCGGGCGGAGUCAGGGAUAACCGGAGCGUUCCGGCUGGACAGCCCGGCUUCGGCCGAGAGGAUCCGCACCGCCUGCUGCGACCAAUUCACCAAACUGUGUCCUCCUGCCGAGCCGGGGACCUUCUCCCCCUGGUCAGUUCGGGUGUAGCAGAGGAACGUCUGGGCGGAGUUUCACCCUCGAUUUGUAGAAACGCAGUAGAUCUGAUCAGCUCUGAUUCCUGGAUGAAUGUGAGGAACUGCUGUUGGGUUCUGGUUCUGGUUCCAGCAUUUGGGCCGCCGUUAGUAAAGUUCAGCAGUCCGACAUCAGGAGAAUAUUUAUGGUUAUUAAGUGUUUUAAAAAUAUUUAAUUU